UGGCAAGUUUUACGUUAGAAGAAAGAAAACAUUGCAAGUGACAAAUUUGUUUAUUUACAUUACGGGAUUAUCAAAUUUUCUUAACGUUUGUGGUAAUAAUUAUUACCAGAAUUAAUUGAAGGAUGAGUCAGGUGACAACUCCUUUAACCAAUACCACGUCCAACACAACGACACCAUGGCCGAAAACCACGCCCCAAAUGACCACGCCCACAGGCUUCCUGAGUACUAGUGACGGAAAGACUGUGAUGGCGCUCCUCGUCAUAAUCUUGUUACUGCUUGUGGCUGUUCCAAUAAUUGUGUUUCUUUUAGUCAGAAAAGCGUGUACAAUGAAAAGGCAGACGACCGAUCAACAGACUCAUAUUGAUGAAAAUGAUAACGAUAAAGAAACACAAACUGAAGUAAUAGGAUUAGAGCUGCAAGAAUUCUAUAAUCGCAGAAAACCUACGGAUAUGUCGAAAUACAUGGGCAAGGCGUUAAUUGAGGUUGAACAACCCCCGAGAUGGCAUCAACUGAACCCAAAGGACUGGAACGAUCCAUGGAUGCAAAAGUAUAACGGAAAAGAAACAAACUAUAUUGGCAAAGUUUGGUGAAUAAAAUUGUGUGUACAUGUUUCAAUAAUGAACAAAAACUGAAAAUAACCUUUUAAACUAACUAAAAAUAAACAACAACGAGCAGGUGCACAAUGAAAAAAAAAGUGACGAGCAGAAAUUUGAGAGAGAACGGAUCAUACUAUAACAAAGCUUAAAAACAUUUCUCAGGAGGCUACUCUGGUAUCGUUAUAUGUCGCAACGACACCAAAUAUCGCACUUGCCGCUAAAUGUCGCGCUAUUGCC